AACAAUCAUAGUGGCAUUUAAAAUGAUCCUGUUUGUUUUUUAAUUAAAAUGCAACCCCAUUUCCACCUCAUGGCGACUUGUCAAGGUAGAUUCAUCUGUCGCAGUGCUACAGCAUUUGUUUAUGAUCUCCUCAGCACUCAUGGCUUCAGGGAACAUGAACGCAGGCUGGAGCGUUGCUGAGAUUUCAGACUAUCAGCAAACUGAAAAUGAGCUUUCCAGCUCUCCUUCUCAGCAGGAUGGAGAAUGUCAAGGAUACAAUGCUUCGAGUUUGUCCAUAGACUCUGGAACUUCUUCUGCUGAAUUUUCCCAGCUGAUCUCUGACAAUGAAAACUUCAGACUCUGCGACAGGUAUUUACGCGAGCACAUUGACAUGAACGGCUUUUCAGAAGAAGAGCUUCUGAACAUUACUUUCGAGACGUGCGACGCUGCAGGACAAGGAGAAGUUCUGGCCUCCACUGUAGUACAGUUUCUGCAGGCCAUGACAGGACACAGCGGUGCACAGGACAAGCUGAUUGUCCUGAAGCACAUGUUGGAUCCAGAAGACCGAGAUCCACCUGUGGACAAAGACACGUUUCACACCACUAUGAGGAAGUGGAUUGCUCAGUGCAGUCAGGACGGAUUAUUUGAUGACAGCUACCAGGCAUCAGGAUCAGACUCUUGCAAAGCAACUCCAAAUGGUGCUGAGUUUUCUCCUUCACUGGCUGAAACUAUGUUCACAGACCAAAGUGAAUAUCAAUGCGAUGCAAGCGAUUUGCUGGGCCUGGUGGCGGAGCUGAAGUACGCUCAGCGCAGACUGAGAGGACAGAACAGCAGCCUGCUGAGGAGCGUAUCUCAGUGUGAGGAAACCAACCUUCAGCUGAUGAUGGAUGUUUCAGAGCUUCGCAGCAAACUAGCAAGUGCCCAGCUGUGUGCAGGAAGAGCUCGGUCUCUGGCUGAGGAGCUGGAUGAAGCCAGGCGAACGCUGAGAGAAAGCCAAGAGAAAACCAGCCGAGCUCAAGCUAACGGCAAUUCACUGAUGAAGGAGAUUGAACACCUGAAGGCUCAUAUCAAAGUCAUUGAAGAGUUGGUAUGCCGUCUUGUUUAUUUGAGCUUGAAUUUAAAGAAAGAUCUGUGA